AUGACGGAAGACAAGUUCAUACCUAUGUAUGAUAUUGUUACAAUCUGUCUACAAAAUCUUUACACAAGUAAUGAUGUUUAUGUAGUACAAUUUUAUUGGCCUGCAAAGAUGAUUGAAAUAUCAAAAUCUUUGGCUCUUCGUAUCUUCAAUGACUUGAAACAUAUGAAGAAAAUGUUUGUAGAAGUAAAGAUUCAAGGCACUGAAAUUGGAUCCCAAAAAGAAGUCAUUCCAAAUAUUUCCACAUCAAGGUGUUUACAAGCAGUUGAAGAAACAGAGGAGGUUCAAGCAGUAGAAAUAAAUGGGGUUCAUGUGGAGAGGGGAGUGGAUUCAAAUUUUCCUUCGCCAAUGCCUACACAUCCUUCAUCAAAGGUUGUUGCAGCUCCUUUUAACACACCAGAAGGACCUCAUAACCCGAUUGUUUCCAAUGGUGACCCUGAGACUGGCAAAGCUAAUAAGGAGAAACUUCCAAUAACCGAACAGAGAAGCUUGACGUCCGAAGUUUGGGAGCAUUUUGACAGGCUUUUAGUAGGUGGAGAACAAGUAGCCAAAUGUAAACAUUGCUCCAAUGUGCUUACGGGGGAGAGCACUAGUGGAUCCACACACUUGAAAAACCACUUGAAUUACCGCUGUUCAGUAAUGAAAAAACAAAAUCAAGAAAGGAGUCGCUUGAAUUUUGUGAAAAUGAUCAUCAAGCAUCGAUAUCCAUUGGAUAUGGCUGAUCAAGAAUUCUUCAAGAAUUUUGUGAAAGAUAUGCAACCCAUGUUUGAGUUUGAAUCGAAAGAUAUUUCAUCUUACAUGCGUAGCAUCUAUAUGGAAGAGAAGGAGAAACUUCAGCUGUAUUUUGAUAAGCUUGCUAGUAAAUUCAAUCUGACAGUAAGUUUGUGGAAGAACAAUAGUGGACAGACUGCAUAUUGCUGUUUGAUAGCACAUUUUAUUGAUGAUAGUUGGGAACUAAAGAUGAAGAUUCUUGGCUUGAGAACUUUGGAGCAUAACAAUGACACUAAAGCUGUUGGUGGAAUUAUUCAGAGCUUAGUUUCGGAGUGGAAUAUAGGCAGUAAAGUAUGUUCCAUAACUGUGGAUAACUCUAUGUCGGAUGACAGUAUGGUUGAUCAGAUAAAAGAAAUUUGUCUUAGUGACCAGGGCUCUGUUUCUUCAGAUCAUUGGUUCAUCAGUUUCACACUUCUUGAGGAUGGGUUCCGUGAGAUGGAUGGCAUACUUUUUAAGUUAAGGAAGUCCAUUGAAUAUGUCACUGACACAAGACAUGGGAAAUUGAAAUUCCAAGAAGCCGUAGAUCAAGUGAAGCUACAAGUUGGAAAAUCAUGGGAUGAUCUUUCUUUCAGGCUAGAAUCAGACUUAGACAUACUUGAUAGUGCUUUGAGAUCAAGAGAAAUCUUUUGCAAACUGGAGCAAAUUGAUGGCAAUUUUAAACUAAACCCAUCAAUGGAGGAAUGGGAGAAUGCAGUAGCUAUACAGAGUUGUUUGAAAUGCUUUGAUGAUAUCAAAGGAACUCAAUGCCUUCCUGUAAGUUUGUACUUUCCAAAGCUUUGUGACACAUACAAGAAAUUGCUUCAGUUGGAAAAAAGCAGUCAUUCAUUUGUUACAUUGAUGAAGAGGAAAUUCGACCGCUAUUGGAGCUUAUGCAAUUUGGCAUUAGCUGUUGCAUCUGUUCUUGAUCCAAGGUUAAAAUUAAAAAUUGUGGAGCUCUCAUAUAGGGUGAUUUAUGGCCAUGACAGUAAGAUGCGAUUGAACAUGUUUCAUAAAGUUCUUCGGGAUGUCUACUAUGAAUAUGCCAGUGAAGCCAAAAAUCUAACUACAUCUUCUUCAGUCUUGGAUGAUUUCAAUUGUUCAACAGUAGGGCUUGGAAAUUAUAGUAUUUUGGACUCCUUGAGUAAAUUUGCAUCUGCAAGCAACUUCAAUGAGGAGGCCUCAUGGAAGUUAGAGCUUGAGCUUUACUUAGAUGAACCUUUACUUCCCAUGGACGGAGCAUUCUUUGACAUACUUGGUUGGUGGUGUGAUAAAUCUCAAAGGUUUCCAAUACUUGCAAAGAUGGCUCAAGAUUUCCUUGCAAUUCCGGUAUCAAUUUCCACAUCAUGUUCAAAUAUUAGUGCCAUGAUCAAUAAUCCAGCCUACAGUAGCUUGAAUCCUGAGAGCAUGGAAGCUUUGGUAUGCAAUGAAAACUGGUUGGAAACUCCAAAAGGAAAUGAUGGAGAAAAUAAUGAACCCACCCAAACUACGGAUAAAGGAAAAAGGAAGCUGAAUGAGGACAGUUGUUUCAGAAAAAAAUCCAAACCUUCGAAUUGUGAGAAAGCUAUUAGUAUUGAAGAUAUUGUCAAAGAUUCCAACAACAAUGGUAAUUGA